AUGGCAGGUACAUUACAUCCAGAUCCACAAUUUGAAAAAUUCAAUACUGCAAAGGAAAAAUUAGGUCAUUAUUUUAGAUUUAAACCAAGAUCUGUUCUUUUUAAUAUUAUAUAUAUGGGUAUUAUACCUAUUGGUUUAACUAUUUCUGCUUAUAAUGUCGAUGGUAAAAAAAUGUUGGAUAGAUUUAGACAUAAACCAAUAUUAAAUAAAGAAUAUGUACCAAGAGAUAAAGAUUUGUAA